AUGUCUCUCUUCGGUUCGUCGCCCCCGAACGCACCCUCCGUCAUGGCCAAGUCUCGAAACUCGCUGUUCGACGAAGAAGACGGCCCCAUGGCUCGGUCCACCUCGGCCACCCUAUUCAACAACGACGACGCUGCAUCACCGUGGGACAUGCCGACACCGCGCAGGCAGCAGUCGCACGCCGAUCUCCUGCGAGGCUUGCUGGCCGGCGCCGACGUACCCGACAGCUACUUCGAAGCUUUCGACAAGACCGUGGCCGAGUACGGCAGCGGUGGCAAGAUCACCACCUCCGGGGUCACCAAGACACUGGCUGCCGCGGACCUGAGCGCUGACCGACAGGACCAUAUCCGGGCUAUUUUUACAAGGGGCAGUGAUGGAAGUGGCGAGCUGUCCAUCGGUCGCGACGAAUUCAACGUAUUGCUAGCUCUUAUCGGGCUUGCGCAGGACGGCGAGACGGUGAGCUUGGACGGCGUCGACGAGCGAAGACGCAACCUGCCGCAGCCCCGGUUAUCGACCAUCACGACCACCACUGCCACCACUGCCACCGCGACAUUCCCCAACACAGCCGAGCUCGCCGCGAAGCCGCCACAGCAGCCCGAUACCGCUUCAGCUUCAGCCCCUUCUCAUCCCAAGCCGACGACAGCGAGGAAGCCAUCGAUGGACGGGCCCGAGGACGACCCCUGGAACACGCCCGGUGUUCACAGCGGCCACCACCACGGCCGCCCCGGACCAGCCAAGACCAAUGGCAAUGGCCACGGCCCUGCAGCUGCGAGUCCGCGUGCGAACGGCAACAGCUAUGCCCACCUCGACGUCCCCGACAUGCACUCCCGCACCACCUCCAACUUCAUCACUUCGACCAUGGCCUCGGUAGAUGACGCAUCCAACCCGCCGCAAUCGGCAGCCUCUGCCGCGUCCAACUCGGGAGGCUGGAGUUACUUCGACGGAACCACCAACAAUGUUGCUGGAUUUGGCGAGACACCCCAGACCCAGCCGGCCAGUCCCUUUGGCGUUACCCCCAACGUGGGCCGCCAUCCCAGUGCCGCCCCUACCGCCGGCCAUUCUCGGACCAUUAGUGGUGGCCGAACGGGCAGCGCGGUCGAGGAGAACAUUACGGUCGCCCUGAUGCCCGAGAAGGAGGGAUUGUUCAUGUUCCAACACCACAACUACGAAGUUAAUAGUGCGAGACGCGGUAGUAAAGUCAUUCGCAGAUACAGCGACUUCGUGUGGCUGCUCGACUGCCUGCACAAGCGGUACCCGUUCCGCGUGCUGCCUCUGCUCCCGCCCAAGAAGAUCGCCGUCAACGGCAACCACCUCUCCAACGAUGGCGCCUUCAUCGAGAAGCGGAGGCGUGGUCUCGCUCGCUUCUUGAAUGCCGUCAUACGGCACCCGGUUCUCGGCCAAGAACAGCUUGUGAUAAUGUUCCUGACUGUUCCCACAGAACUCACGGUAUGGCGCAAGCAAGCGGCCAUCUCUGUCGUGGACGAGUUCGCCGGGCGGCCUCUACCACCCGGUCUCGAGGACUCGCUUCCGCCGGCUCUCGAAGAGCUCUUCGACCGCACCAAGCAAGGCGUCAAGCGAUCGGCCGAUCUCUACAUUUCAACGUGCAGUCUCAUGGAUCGGCUGGUGAAGAGGAGUGAGGGCGUAGCAGCCGACCACGCGCGGCUGGCCCUGUCCCUUGCAUCCAUGACCGAGACUAGUUCGGACACGUACGCGACCGACACCAACGAUGUCCCCCUGUUGAACGACGGCCUCGUUGCUAUGAGCAAUCACCUUCGGACCACACAGACGUUGAUGGAGGAUGAGAGCAAGGCGUGGGACGUUGGCGUGCUCGAGGACCUGAAGAGGCAGCGUGAUGCGCUGGUCAGUGUCAGGGACAUGUUUGACAGGCGUGAGAGGCUGGACAAGGACAACAUCCCGUCGCUGGAACGGCGCAUCCAGAACAACGAGACGAAGCUCGCCGGGCUGCGGAACAAGCCGGACGGGAUGCUCAAGCCCGGCGAGAUAGAGAAGGUUGUGGAGGCUAUCAUCAAGGACAAGGAGUCGAUCGUUAACCAGCACAACCGGUCGGUGUUUGUCAAGGAGUGCGUCCGCGACGAGCUCAUGUACUUCCAGCAGACGCAGUACCACGUCAGCCGCUGGAACCAGGACUGGGCGCAGGAACGCGUCAAGUACGCCGAGAUGCUGGCUGACAACUGGCGGCAGCUGCUUGACGAGCUCGAAGGCAUGCCACUGGGCGACUAG